GCCCGGCCGCGCCCCGGACCCAAUCUGGCCGCAGCCCCGGCGCCCACGGCGCCCCGGAUCUCGACCCUGCGCGCAGGCCAAGGAGGGGGCCGGGCCCGGAGCCCCCCCGCCCCCCGCCGCGCCCGAGCCCCCGCGCCCCGCGCCGGCGCCGUCUUCCUGCCUCCUCCUUCUCCAGAAAAAGUCGCCAUUUUGGUUCACUGCCUUCGCCCCCCCACCCCGCGCCCGCGAUCGGCCCUGCCCGGCCAGGCCGAGGCCCGCGCCCCGCGCCCGCUCCCGGCCCCAGGUGACAGGUGGGUGGCGAGGCUGGCCCCAGGUGCGCGUCCCUGGCCGCGCUCACCCGCGUGCCAGGCCUGGGCCGGGGUCCCGGGCCGAACGGCCUACGCGGCGGACCCGCUGCUGGCGUCUCCUGCGCGCAGCGCGGCGGAGCCCCCUCUCCCCGCGAGGGCUCUGUGUGCCCGCUGGGCUCCGGAGGGCCGAAGCCCCUUCUCAUCCGGGGCGCCAGUCGCGUCUCUGCCUCCCAGGCUGGCCCUGGCCUCAGGUCCCACUAUUCUGAAUUCUUCUCCCAGGCUUCAGAAAAAUUGGAAGCGGGGCCUCAGCAGGCACCUGCACCCCAGGCCACCGGGGUCAUCAGGUGCUGGGAUGACUCAUGCCGGCCCUGUCUCCUUUCAAAGUUGCAAAGUGAGGACUUCCAGAGAACUUUGUCCCCGGACACUGGCCUCCCCCUUGGCAAUGGGCAGUGACUGUCCUGACCUCUGACCUCAGUCAGCUCUCUGGCCCUCCUGGACACAGCAGCCCCUUCCCAUCCCCUCGGAUCUAAGUUAAUUAGAAGCUAUCAGGAGGGGGCCACCUGCCCACCCAACCCUCACCCUGCUUCCUGUCCCACCCCCUUCCAUGGCUUUUCCACAGGGCUGGGCCCAGAGUCUCCUCUGCUCCCCAGCUCUCAGGUUCCCAGCAGCACAGGCCCUUGGGGGCCCCAGCCUUGGGCAGCAGGGCGUUCUCUCUGGCCAGCAUCCUGGGCCUUCACUGCUGGUGCUUCCACGACUUGUUUGGCUGAAGUGGUAGUGGUGGGUCUGUAGGCAGGGGACUGAGAGGACCAGAGAGAGGUGGGGGGCGGGUCAGCCUGCCAAGACUGGAGACAAGUCUGCGAAGAGCAUCAGGUAGGAUAGCUCAGCCGGCACAGGGACGGGAGCUUGGUGCAGUGCCAGAGUGGGCCGGGGGUCCUCAGUGCCCACCUUGGCUGUUUUCCAUCUGUGUCUGGAGAGAAGAUUCCAAGGGUACCUGCCUGGGUAGGUUGGCAUUGCAUCAAGUCAGCAUGGGAAGGUAUGAGGGCCCCAGUGAGAAGCUGUGCCCCCACUGCUGGGCCCGGGCAGCUUGUGAGCCAGCAGCCAUCAUCAGAGACAUAAUUGGCCCCUGGAGGAACGUUGCCAGCCUCCUUCCUCCUGCACAAGGCACCUCUCCCAGGGGCACACCCCCUCCCAGCACUGGGUAGGAGUACAUCACCUUCGGCAUCAUCUUCGCAGCUGUGGGGCUACGCACACUGUGGAGCUGCGUGUUGGGAAGGGGGUCUGGAAGUUGGUGAGGGUCUCAGGACAGGACUAGAUCCUUCCAAACUGAUGAUGCCUCCUGGGUUAUCUGGGGAGACCUUGGCUGGCAGCCCCUCCCCUAAGUCAGAAGCCCCCAUCACUUGUUUUUCCCACGUGAACAAAACCACAGGAAGGCAGGCCCCUCUUCCCUGACCAGAGAGGACCUGCCAAGGGCAGGGCUCUAGGGCAGCCUCACCACAUGUUCCGAGUGGGGCCCGUCAGGCUUCACAGAUUGUCUACUUGCUCUGCAGAGAUGACGGAUCCUUUCUGCGUUGGAGGCCGUCGGCUCCCGGGGUCCAGCAAGAGUGGUCCCGGGAAGGAUGGCAGCCGAAAGGAGGUCCGACUUCCAAUGCUGCAUGACCCACCGAAGAUGGGGAUGCCGGUGGUCCGUGGUGGACAGACAGUGCCCAGCCAGGCCCCUCUCUGCUUUGACCCAGGAAGUCCAGCCAGUGACAAGACAGAAGGGAAGAAAAAGGGGCGGCCAAAAGCCGAGAACCAGGCCCUCCGAGACAUUCCUCUCUCCCUGAUGAACGACUGGAAGGAUGAGUUCAAGGCACACUCGAGGGUGAAGUGUCCAAACUCAGGGUGCUGGCUGGAGUUCCCCAGCAUCUACGGGCUCAAGUACCAUUACCAGCGGUGCCAAGGGGGUGCCAUCUCAGAUCGCCUGGCCUUCCCCUGCCCCUUCUGUGAGGCCGCAUUCACCUCUAAGACCCAGCUGGAGAAACACCGGAUCUGGAACCACAUGGACCGACCCCUGCCUGCCUCCAAGCCUGGGCCCAUCAGCAGGCCAGUCACCAUCAGCCGGCCUGUUGGGGUCAGCAAGCCCAUCGGAGUGAGCAAACCUGUCACUAUUGGCAAACCUGUGGGUGUCAGCAAACCCAUUGGCAUCAGCAAGCCAGUCUCGGUCGGCAGACCCAUGCCAGUCACCAAGGCCAUCCCGGUCACUAGGCCCGUGCCGGUCACCAAACCUGUCACAGUCAGCAGGCCCAUGCCCGUCACCAAGGCCAUGCCGGUCACCAAACCCAUCACAGUCACCAAGUCUGUGCCGGUCACCAAACCCGUACCUGUCACCAAACCCAUUACGGUCACAAAGCUUGUGACAGUUACGAAACCCGUGCCGGUCACCAAGUCAGUGACAGUCAGCAGGCCCAUUGUGGUCAGCAAGCCGGUGACAGUCAGCAGGCCCAUUGCCAUCAGCAGACACACACCGCCCUGCAAAAUGGUGCUGCUGACCAGGUCGGAGAACAAAGCACCUCGUGCCACAGGGAGGAACAGUGGUAAGAAAAGGGCUGCGGACAGCCUGGACACCUGCCCAAUUCCACCCAAGCAGGCCAGGCCAGAGAAUGGGGAGUACGGCCCCUCCUCCAUGGGCCAGAGCUCGGCCUUCCAGCUGAGUGCAGACACCAGCAGUGGCUCCUUGUCGCCAGGCAGCAGGCCGUCAGGGGGCAUGGAGGCACUGAAGGCUGCAGGCCCUGCGUCCCCGCCUGAGGAGGACCCGGAGCGCACAAAGCACAGAAGGAAACAGAAAACACCCAAAAAGUUUACAGGGGAGCAGCCAUCCAUCUCAGGGACCUUUGGGCUCAAAGGCCUGGUCAAAGCUGAGGACAAGGCCCGAGUUCACCGCUCCAAGAAGCAGGAGGGGCCAGGCUCUGAGGACGCCCGGAAGAAGGUGCCAGCUGCCCCCAUCACUGUCAGCAAGGAGGCACCGGCCCCUGUGGCCCACCCAGCUCCAGGUGGCCCUGAAGAGCAGUGGCAGAGGGCCAUCCAUGAGCGCGGGGAAGCCGUCUGCCCCACCUGCAACGUGGUCACCCGGAAGACUCUCGUGGGGCUCAAGAAGCACAUGGAGGUGUGUCAGAAGCUUCAGGAUGCGCUCAAGUGCCAGCACUGCCGGAAGCAGUUCAAGUCCAAAGCCGGCCUCAACUACCACACUAUGGCCGAGCACAGUGCCAAGCCCUCUGACUCCGAGGCCUCCGCGGGGGGCGAGCAGGAGGAGCGCGAGCGGCUGCGCAAGGUGCUGAAGCAGAUGGGACGGCUGCGCUGCCCCCAGGAGGGUUGCGGGGCUGCCUUCUCCAGCCUCAUGGGCUACCAGUACCACCAGCGGCGCUGCGGGAAGCCGCCCUGCGAGGUGGACAGCCCCUCCUUCCCCUGCACCCACUGUGGCAAGACGUACCGGUCCAAGGCCGGCCACGACUACCACGUGCGCUCGGAGCACACGGCCCCCCCCCCUGAGGAGCCCACAGACAAGUCCCCUGAGGCUGAGGACCCGCUGGGUGUGGAGCGGACCCCAAGCGGGCGUGUCCGCCGCACAUCGGCCCAGGUGGCGGUGUUCCACCUGCAGGAGAUAGCGGAGGACGAGCUGGCCCGCGACUGGACCAAGCGGCGCAUGAAGGAUGACCUUGUGCCCGAGACCGCACGGCUCAACUACACUCGGCCAGGGCUCCCCACGCUGAACCCCCAGCUGCUAGAGGCAUGGAAGAAUGAAGUGAAGGAGAAAGGCCACGUCAACUGUCCCAACGACUGCUGUGAAGCCAUCUACUCCAGCGUGUCUGGACUCAAGGCUCAUCUCGCCAGCUGCAGUAAGGGGGCCCACCUGGCAGGGAAGUACCGCUGUCUGCUGUGUCCGAAGGAGUUCAGCUCUGAGAGUGGCGUCAAAUACCACAUCCUCAAGACCCACGCAGAGAACUGGUUCCGAACAUCAGCAGGCCCACCUCCCAAACACAGGAGCCAGGACUCAUUGGUGCCCAAGAAGGAAAAGAAGAAAAAUCUGGCAGGUGGAAAGAAGCGGGGCCGAAAGCCCAAGGAGCGGACCCCAGAGGAGCCUGUGGCCAAGCUGCCCCCGCGCCGGGACGACUGGCCUCCAGGAUGCAGAGACAAGGGGGCCCGGGGCUCCACCGGCCGGAAGGUGGGAGCCGGCAAGGCGCCUGAAAAGUGAGCUUGGUGCGUGGGGCCUAGCCCCCAUGCAGCCGCCACACCGCCCUCUGCUCAAGGCAGGGCCAGCUCCGGGACCUCUGUCCUCCAGUUCUCCAUCCCCCACCCCCGCCUCUUCAUCCGUCCAGUGGGGCAGCCAGCCACUCUCCCUUCCCUGAAGGUGGCCCUUCCCCUGUUAAGGCUGCCACAGGGCACACCUGGGUUGGGGCUCCCCAAGGUGUGCCCAGCAGAAGUGCAAUAGCCAGGAGGGUUGCCCCUCCUCGUGGGAAUGUGUCUGGGGUCUUGGUGCCACAGGGGUUGCAGCGCAGAGUAGGCAGAUGGCCUUUGGCCCCCCGGCUCCGCUUCCUCAGGCCCUGCUGGGUCCCUACCCUGGCUACCCCAAGGCUCAGGCAUCCCUGGUGACCUGUGGUUCUGGGCUGGUGAGGGCACCUGAGCAACCUGGAACCGGCAGCCACCAUCCUGGCCUCACCUCCACCCAACACUGGAACUCCAGCACCCCCAGCUACCUCCCAGGACAGAUCCCUGUCUGACCACUGCCAUGCUGACCUGACAGGCUCCGGCCUGCCCUUGGCCACCCACUUGGUCCCCUUGCUUCUGUUUUCUACCUCUCCAGGCCUGCCCACUACCCCCACCCCUGCCCCUCCUUUGUCAGUGCGAUCCCUGCUGUGCUCAGGCCCUGCCCCCCAGGCCUGUCUGUAAUUCUCCCAGCUUGGGGUAAGGGAGGGGUUUUGCUUCUUGUACCUACAGGGCAGCAGAAGCUUGAUGCCCUUCAACACAGCUGCCAGCCCUGGGGGUGUGGGGCCCCUGGCGUGUGCUCUCCUCCAGUGUUCAGCCUUCUGGCACUGCAGGCCUAGGUUGGAGCAGCCUCGUGGAGUACGGACGGACUAGUUCGGGCCCUGGGGUCUUGCUGGGGCCCAUAGGCAUGUGGGGCAGGAAGCUGGGCAGAGCUGGCCUGGCUCUGAGUGGCCACUGGGGGAAAGGCAGCCUUCUGUCUGCCAAUCUGGGUGGGCCCAGUGGCCAAGCUCUCAUGGGAGCCCCCUCCCCACUUUUUUUUUAACCUGCCCCCAUUGUUUCUGGUUGUGUGGUCAUUUGAUAUGGGAACUGAAGGCCAGCCAGGGGAGGGGCUUGGCCAAAGUCACAGCAGGUUGAUGGCAGCUCCAGAGCUGUCUUUGCCCCUUUGUGGCCCUGAGGACGGCUGGGUCUAUAGGUAGGGCAGGGGUCAGGCAGGGAGUCCAGGGUGCCUGGAAGAGGUGGCCACAGCCUGUGGCUCCCUCCCUGGGGUCCUGCCUUCCAACCACGGCAUUACAGGGAGGAUGAGGCUCAGAGGGGGUAAGUUUGGAGGGAGGCCAUUUUCCAGGGUGGGCGGGAGUGGGCUGAGAGCUCGGCCCCACUGACCCUGGACGAUGAGAAUUUUGAUGUUUGCCCGUGUGCGUGUGUCUCCUGGGUGUAGUGGAUGCCAGUCUUGUUGCUGUGACAAGUAACAACCUUUUUUUAAAAUUGUUUUUUAUACAAACACUCACAAUCCGACAUUUGGUGCUAAGGGUUUCCUGGUGCAGACGGUGGGCUUGGGGGUUGGGCUGGGCCAGGGCGUGGGUCUCUGGGGUUUGGGUCCCUUGCUGCUCAGGGAGGCAGUACUGACUGGGCACUGCCUCUGCCCCCAGCACCCACCCUCCCCCAUCCCCCAGGGAGAAGGGGCCCCACUGGGCUUGGCCUGCAGUAGUAGGGAGACAAGUUCCAGGAGCACUUUGGGGACUGGGGUUGCAGAACACUUCCUGUCUCUGGCUUCAUCCUUGGGCCAGAAGGCUCCAACCCUCAGCAGCCCUUGCCAGAUGUGCCAGGGAGUGGGUGUGGAGACCUGGACUCCCCCCGCCCACGCACACCUCGGCCUGAUGAGAGGAUGGAGGCUUGGGCAGAGAUGGGCGUGACCCAGCGUCAGAGGGUCGGGGGAGGCAUUCCUUCCUGUGUCCCAGAGCUUCACUGGUGGAGCUGGAGGAGCUGGAGGUGGAGGGUGGGGUCUGGCAGCUGCUGCUGGGGCAGCCUCAUGAGGGGAGGGGAGGGGAGCAGGCACUGGGCGGGGGCCUGGGUGCACUUUGUCCUUGCCACCAAUGGCGGGAGGAAGGUGGACCUGAACACCUGCAGGGUGUGGUGCCUGCCCCAGCCUCUCAGGUACUUGGCCCUUGGGGAGAAGAGAAGAGGGUCUGGUUUUUGCUGGGGGUGAGUUUCCGGGACACUCCCAAAGCCCACAGAUAAUCCCUGGUGUGGGAAGAGGAGUCCUGGAUACCUUCAUGUUUAGCACUUUAACCCCCUUUGUCUUUAAGGUAGGCGUGGGGGUUACUGCCAGAAGUGGCUGUUGGGUCUGACCCCCUCCUUUCUGCCCUCCCUCUGCCACAUGCUGGUCCGCAGAGCCCUCCUCCCAAGGGGUAGGGCCCCGGGUGGAGCUCAGCAGGGUCUGCCCACUCCCUACGCUGGCCCACAUAGGCCUCCAGGAGCCCUCAGUGAGAGGGACCAGCAUAGCUGACCCCCAGAGUGUGGUGGGCGUCGGCCCUGCCCGAGGCCCAGUCGGGGCCCUUUCUGCAGAUCUACCUCUGGCUCAGCGCACGCCCCCUGCCCUGAGAACAGGAAAGGGCCCGGAAGGGCUGACUCACCGGGCUGACGCUCACACGAAAAUGGGAUGCACUUUAGUUGCUGGUGCAAAGGCAGGUGAGGGUGCCUCCUGUGUGACCGUUGGCCCUCCUGCCUGGUGGCGCUGGAGGGAAGGAGCCAGUGAGCCUGUCCCCGGGAGGGGCCAUCCCCGUGUGCCGUGUUUGGCGGGGCCCCAGGCGGCUCCCCCAGGCCCGGGUCUGGGGCCACAGGCUUUCCCCUGCCUUGCGGCCGGGCGUCCCGUGCUUUGGGUUUCUUGGUUUGGGUUUUUUAAUGCCAGUUCUCAGUACAUAAGUGCAUUUUGAAAGAGGUUCCAGCUAUCACUUGUAACCAUAUAUAUAUACAUAUAUAUUCUAUCUACAAAGUGUUUAUUUGCGAGAUGUUUCAACGGUGAGUUCGGGCCCCGCCCGCCUUGUGACCAUCUGUCCCCGGUCCUCGUCCCCGCCCCGCGCCCUGGUCCCGAGUGGCGUGGGGACGGGCCAUCACUGUAUGUAUUAAAAUGACUGUAUCAAAUAAAUGUUUAUUGAUUUUUUUCCA